ACGGUAGUGAAGCCUCGGAACAACUUUAACUGUCAAUCAGACUUAAUGGGGUAUUAAAAAAUGGGGGGGUUGGGGGGGUGGAGGAAAGGGCAGCCCUCUCGCUCCGCGCCGCUGCUGCCCCGGGAGCGAAUGAAUAAGGCGGCGCUGACGAGGGCGUCCGAUCCACACGCGCUCCGCUCCCGGGCCCUCUCCAAGUUGGAAAGGACAAAAAGAAGGCAAUAAAUGCUAACGAGGGAGAGAAAGGGAGCCGGAUCGAGCGGCAACUCCGGGCCUCUGCUGGGAGAGGGAGGGCGAGAGCCGGAGCGAGCGAGCGCGCGCGAGGCCGAGCCAUGCACGUAAAGAAACUGACACCCGGACCCCCCACUUCUCCUGCACGUUGCUGGCAAUCAGAUCGCGUUUAAGCAAUUUCCUGAGCCCAAGAAUAGCAAUGAGUCGGGAGACUUUCGCGGGCUGAAUUGGGAGCUCCAAUCACUCCCCCCCCCACCGCCUUUUUUUUUUUUUUUUUCUGGAGAAGGGGUGGGGGGGGCGCUACAAUUUGGAAACGGCUUUUUUUUUUUUUUUUUUUUUUUAAAUCUUGCACUUUGAAACCGCGGGACUGUAGCAGGGUGCGCGCGUGUGGUUGGUGCCUCCCCCCCCCCUGCCUAAACUCCUCUGUCAGCCUGUAAACAUUACCUGAGAAUUCCCCAGCCGAAACGGCUGCUGGGGCAAGAAACUUCUUGUUAGAACUUUCCACCUCCGGCUUCCCCUCCAGCCUCUUACUGUCCCAACCUUCUCAGACGCUUUUUCUCCUCUCGAGGAGGAUUUAUCUUUAUCUUUUUUUUUUCCUUUUUUUUUUUUUUUUUUUCCCCUCUCUCACCCGGUGUUUUGCAUUUGGGACGAGGUGAUUUCAAGAGUGGCCAGGUGGGACGCCUCGCUCCUCCCCCCCAACUUCACUCAGUUUAUUUAUUAUUGUUUGGGGUGUUUUCUUUUCUUUCUUUAUUUUUCUUUCUUUCUUUCUUUUUUUUUUUUUAAUUCCUGUUUUGCUCGGUCCGGGGAGUUUCGCCCCCCUGCCCGGCUCCGCGGCGCGGAGGAUGGUGUGGAAAUGGCUGGGCGCGUUGGUAGUGUUCCCUCUGCAGAUGAUCUAUCUGGUGGCCAAAGCAGCCGUCGGACUGGUGCUGCCCGCCAAGCUGCGGGACCUGUCGCGGGAGAACGUCCUCAUCACCGGAGGCGGGAGAGGCAUCGGGCGCCAGCUCGCUCGCGAGUUCGCAGAACGCGGCGCCAGAAAGAUUGUUCUCUGGGGCCGGACUGAGAAAUGCCUGAAGGAGACGACGGAGGAGAUCCGGCAGAUGGGCACCGAGUGCCACUAUUUCAUCUGUGACGUGGGCAACCGGGAGGAGGUGUACCAGACGGCCAAAGCUGUCCGGGAGAAGGUGGGCGACAUCACCAUCCUGGUAAACAAUGCUGCCGUGGUGCACGGGAAGAGCCUCAUGGACAGUGACGAUGACGCCCUUCUCAAGUCCCAGCACAUCAACACCCUGGGCCAGUUCUGGACCACGAAGGCCUUCUUGCCGCGGAUGCUGGAGCUGCAGAACGGCCACAUCGUGUGUCUCAACUCCGUGCUGGCGCUCUCCGCCAUCCCCGGGGCCAUUGACUACUGCACGUCCAAAGCCUCGGCCUUCGCCUUCAUGGAGAGCCUGACCCUGGGGCUGCUGGACUGUCCAGGGGUCAGCGCCACCACCGUGCUGCCCUUCCACACCAGCACCGAGAUGUUCCAGGGCAUGAGGGUGAGGUUCCCCAACCUCUUCCCACCGCUGAAGCCUGAGACGGUGGCCCGGAGGACGGUGGAAGCCGUGCAGCUGAAUCAGGCCCUCCUCCUCCUUCCGUGGACCAUGCACGCCCUCAUCAUCUUGAAAAGCAUACUCCCACAGGCUGCACUGGAGGAGAUCUACAAAUUCUCAGGAACCUACACCUGCAUGAACACUUUCAAAGGGCGGACAUAAAGACCAGACGCAGAGACAUGCUUGCAAGCCACAGAACCUGAGGGGGCCACGGUACUGGGCACACACCCACAAGCCUGUCCCUUGGCACACUUCUGCUGGGUGAGCAGCACUGCUUCUGGCCCCAGGAAGAAUCCCGGUGCCCUCCCUCUGGCCAGCCCCAGGACCUUUGCACAGGACUGAUGGGCGUAACUCUGACCCCCAUGGGGAGGCGAGAAACCAGCCAGUAGCCACCUUGACACUUUCAUACAUUUCUAAUUCUGUAGAAUUUAUUGUUAAAUUGCUUCUAACCAGCCUUAGCAGUGUGCAUAGACUGUUUCCAGGAGGGUCUGUACCCAGAUACUCUCUUUCUUCCGAAAUCCACCCAUCCUCAGCUUGUGCAAAUGGCACAUUUGAAUGGCAGGAAUGAAAAAUAAAGAGAUGGUUUUUUGA